UUAUUUCUGUUCUUUUUCCAAAAUAUAUUAGCGUUACCCAUUUCUUCAUUUCUGGCUGUUUGAAAUCUGUGAGUGACUUUCCGGCUUUGUUUCCUGACUAACUUCUGGAUAGUAUCUGCGUUGAAACCAUUAUUAUGACCUAUCUGAGUAAUUGUUACAUUACACAGAUAGGUCAAAAAAAUGAAUAAAGAUGCCAGCUUCGUAGUAAAUACGUUCGGAACAAAGAAGCACCAACUCAGGCACUGCGACCGUUACCACAUCGCCUGUUAUAAUGUCUACCGCAGUAGGUAGUAGUAGACGAAACGCGAGCCAUUAAAACUUGCAGACCACGGCCAGAAAACCCGGAAAAUAGUUUUUUCCGGCCGUGAGAGUUUGCAUUCUUUGAUCAAUUUAAAAUUUGGCUACACCUAAUAUCAAAGAUGUACUUUCGUACUUGGAAUUUACGAAAUAAGCUUAUCACUACUUCAGUUGAUGGUUCAAUCUCCAACAGCAUUUUAACAACUCAUUUCACUUCAAAUGGUGAACGCAAUAAAAUUCAGCUGAAAAAUAGUAUUCUAAUUUCAAUUAACAAGUUGAACCAUGUUUAUUGCAGCAAACAAGCUAGCAUUGAAUUUCUUCAUUCAGAAUAUUUUGAGUUUCAGAGACAUUCCUCCCAACUACCGAAUUCUCUUCAUGCAAGGUGGAGGACAAGGAGCUUUUUCUGCUAUUCCUAUGAAUCUGAUGAGUAAAACUGGUAUAGCCGACUACGUAGUGACUGGAACUUGGUCGUCUGUGGCGGCUAAGGAAGCUACAAAACAUGGUCAUGUCAACAUAGUCACCCCUAAAUUGGACAAAACAGGAUCCAUUCCUGACCAGAAAACAUGGAAAUUGAACCCAAAUGCAUCUUACGUGUUUUACUGUGAUAAUGAUACAAUUGAUGGAGUGGAAUUCCCUUUUAUACCAGAAACCGGUAAUGUUCCUCUAGUAGCCGAUAUGUGUUCCAACAUAUUAACUAAAAAAAUAGAUAUAGCCAAGUUUGGUUUGAUUUUUGCAGCUUCCCAAAAGAAUUUGGCUCCCGCUGGACUGGCCGUUAUAAUCAUUCGAGAGGAUCUUCUUGGAAAUCCAGUCAAAUAUUGCCCAUCCAUCCUUGAUUUCACAUUGACGAAUAGAAUGAAUUCCAUUUUGAAUA